AUGGCUGAUCAGCUGACCGAACAGCAUAUUGCUGAGUUCAAGGAAGCUUUCUCCCCAUUUGACAAAGAUGGCGAUGGAGCCAUCACAACAAAGGAACUUGGAACCGUCAUGAGGUCACUGGGUCAGAACCCAACAGAAGCCGAGGUUCAGGAUAUGAUCAACGAGGUGGAUGCUGACGGAAAUGGCACCAUCGACUUCCCAGAAUUUUUGACUAUGAUGGCUAGAAUAAUGAAAGAUACAGACAGUGAAGAAGAAAUUCACGAGGCAUUCCGAGUCUUCGACAAGGAUGGCAACGGUUACGUCAGCGCGGCGGAGCUACGUCAGGUCAUGACCAACUUAGGAGAAAAACUAACAGAUGAAGAAGUAGAUGAAAUGAUCAGAGAAGCAGAUAUUGAUGGAGAUGGGCAGGUCAACUAUGAAGAAUUCGUACAGAUGAUGACUGCAAAAUGA